AUGGCUACCGCGGCCGUUGGCGAGCUCUUCUUGGGGUCGCAGGCGAGCUCGCAUUUCACUCUAGAUCCGGUUUCCGCGGCAGUCCUAUGCAGUCGGGAGACGAAGCGGCGUGAUGCGGCGAAGGCGAGAGGAUCUCUGAGGGUUGGGUGUCGGGAGGUGGAUGAGGAGGUUCUUGUGGGCGGAUUUGAGAGGGGCAGUGUUGUUGGACUUAGUGCUGAGAGUGAGCAGAUGGGGCUUCUUAUUUCAUUGCAGGCGCUGGUCAACACGCUAAGCAGACAGGAUGGUGGCGAUGCCGCCAGAGGAAAGGCGAGAGCGAUGGUCAUCACGACGCAGCCGCCUGCUACCAUUCUCCCGACGUUGAGGGAUGCAAUCAGGGCUGAGCUCAAGGCGCGCAAAACCGCCGAGGCGGAGAUGCAGAGCAAGUUGAGGGGCUGUCUGGAGAGGGUCUCCGUGUCGAGGGUAUUUGAUCUGGAGGGGCUGUGGGAGGUUCUGGGGGAUUUGGAUAUUCCGCCUGAGAGUGCAGCUUCGAAAACACCACCAACCCCUGAGCAGCAGAAGCAGGGGAAGAGUGAGGAGGAGACGGGAGAGGCUGUGCGAAUCCCAGAGCCCUCACCGAGUUUACCAAAGCAGUUGACGCCGGAGGAACGACCUGAGAGGUUAGUAUUGCCGGAACUUAAACCUCUCAAGCCUACAAGGACGGAAAUCGCAGACAGCGAUGAGGAGGAUGCCUUGUCAUCAUCGAGUGAGUUGUCGCCGCCACCUUCGUCAAUUCGGUCCCCGACACCGUAUAUGGCGGCAGACUCCCCAGAAAAGUCGAAUUCGAAAGAACAGCUUCAGGAAGAAAUACAAGAGGAAACCCAAAACGAGACGCGAGAGGAGAUUCUGCAGGAACUGCAGGAGCGGAUCAAGGACCAAACACCAAAAGGGGAACCAAGCGAACCAGGACCACCGGAUAUCAUCCUCAUCACGCACUUUCACAGCCUCAUGACGGCCCUCUUCACACGCCGCGACCGGCAAUCUGCGCACAACUCGCUGCAAGUUCUCUCCUCGCACCUGCGGUACUUAGCGAGGAAUCUGCCGAGCAGUCCUUUGAUCAUGUUGCUCAAUAGCACGAGCUCCUCAAAGGAUACCUCGGCGGCCAGGCCCGCAAACCAUCAAGACGGCCCGCCGCAGCCGAUGCUGCCUCCUCCGAACCAUGGUGGAAGCACGAGCGGUAGCGGCAACAAGCCGCUCGAUCCAACUCUCCGGUCGAUCUUCAACCCACCCCCGCUAGAUUUCGUGGGGUACGGCAGCAACCAGGUGGCGUCGAGACGAAACAAGCCGACGUUUGGGCUGGUGUUUUCGCAGCUUUUGGAUUUACAUCUUUUAUGCACGAGGGUGCCGAGGGACAAAGAGGACGCGGAAAAGUUGUAUUUCCCUGGGCCUGGGCAUGGCGCCGGUGGCGGGGAAGAUGAUGGACUCACGGGGGCUGUAAGGUAUGUCUGGAUUAUAGAGGUUCUGCUGGACGAGAUUGGCGUCUGGGAGGGGGCCUCUUCUGACACGAUGAAGACGAGGAAGGCAAGAGAGCAGAGGUGGGCUGCUGUCGAUGUCAGAGGCGGGAGGGUGGUUGACGCGUUUGAGGUUGCCGAGAGGAAGACUGGAGAGGUGAGAAUUGUCGGCGGGUUCGGAGGUCCGAGGGUUUGA